AUGAGGGAUGAAAUUCCUGUAUCAAAGAGCAGUGGUAGAAGCAUACCUUACAAAGACUGGGCAACUACAGGUUGGAGAAGCCGUUUUCUAAGUACUUCCUUAUUUUUUCGGCUCUUUUAGUCACAGUUAAUCAUACAUUUACGCGAAUGUAAAAUUUCUACUAAUUUGUUUUUUACUCUUUACAAUGAUCCUUGUUUGAAUAUUUUUGGUAGUGAAGGAUGCCAGAGCGCGUCAAAUUUCUGUUAGUUUACCGCCAAAUUUGAAGAACUACUUCGAGAAUGCUUUGAAGAAACCUACGAUGGCUAACAUCUUCGGGUAAGUCUUUUUUCACGAUAAAAGCCAAAAUCUUCUUCCAGUUCUUCCCGUGAACUCCUAAACAAUAGUGCUGUACGUCCCUCAUAGCAACAAAGCUUGUGUUGUACUUAGGUUCUGUCCACUGCUAAGACAGGCAUCUGGUCAGAAUUUUCGGUUACAAUGAGUAUUUAAAGGAAUCUUUGACGUUCUUCGUCACAAAAAAUAAGACUUUCCGUUCUCUAUCAGUUUUCUUUUUAUGUCGAUAUUAUAUUUAUCCUUAAUUUCCAGUUUUCAACAAGAGGUACCCCAACGAAGUUUUAGGUCAUGGUAUGGAAAGACGCGAUAGCACGGAAAAGAAAAGCUGGCGUUGCAAAGUAGAAAAGAAAGGAAAAUACCUCUUAGAGGCAAAAGUGAUUAAUUUUCAUCAUUAUUUCAAGUAAAACAAAACAAAAAAAAGGUGAAGUAGAAUGGUCAUAGGAAAAGGAUUUUAAAUUGGGAUAAAAAAUCGAGCGCUGAAAGAUCCAUUGUUUUUCGUUUUUCUUGGAAACAGCUCAUGAUUCUGAAAAUCAAACUCAAACGGAAUAUUUCGAUGGAGACGUAAAGAUUUCUCUGACACUCCCUUUCCCUUCAAAGUUUCGUAAAAGCUUACAUAAUACAUCAAUCUUACAUUAAUUAUGUUUUCUACCUGAACAGCGGAGAUCCCGCUGAAGCCUAUGCGCGCCGGAAGUCUCAGAACGCCGGAAUGGAAAGGAGGACUAUUUUAAGUCACGUGAACAGAAACAAACCUCAUCCAAGGAUAUUCUUUCCGUUUCAAACUGGUGAUAGGGUAAGAAACAAAAAAAUAAUUAAAGAUAAAUAUUUUUAUACUUUGAUUUAAUAAGCGACCAUGGCAACCGAACUGUAAAGCCCUAAGAAGAGAGUAGGGGUGGGGUAGUUAAGGAAACAUUCUGUUAUUAAUUUGGUCCUAUUGGGUAGGUUCCGCUAAACAGGGUAUGCCGGGUAUCCAGGGCCUUUCAUCUUAUGCAGGGUGUAAAAAUGUUUCUAGUUAGGGUCUUGAACUGGGUGUCUUUCUGUGGAACGGUAACAUUGUGUGUGAACAAGAGCUCAUUGUUCAUGGUGUAAACCGACGUGUGCUUAAAGGGAGUCUGAAUGUAUGUAAGCGUCAUGGUUGUUCUUGUUUCCCUUCAGCUUCAAACAUACAUGGUUUGGAUACCAGAAGACCAAACUUCCAGUUGUUCUCUCCCACCCGUCCCUCAGAGACGUAUUGACCGCACCCCUCCCUCAAGAAAAUGCAAUUCAAGAAUGAACGGAAACUUUGGUCAACUCAUCGGACUCAACCAGACCACUUAUCAAGAAGAAAUUUCACAGACACCUUUUCGGCAUAGACCUGGUAAGGAAUUGUUUUCAAAACGAUCAGUCUUUGUUGCCAAAUUAAUAUAAGACAUAAGAUCACAAAGAAUUUGCUCAAAAUAAGCCACAUCAUUAAAAUGACGUUUACCGUUCUAUGCCUAAAUUGACUUUGUCUUUCUUUUUUGUAGUCAAUAUGGUGGAUCACUUCCCCUCAAGCAACAGUAACAAAACCACUUUACAUCGUUUGAAAGUCUGGUAA